UUCAAGUGCCGGUCUGCAAAUGUAUUUAAGAAGAUGCUUUGCUGUUUUUAUAAUGCAUUGACGAAUUUUGGGGAAAAGCAAUGAUGAUGAAGGUAGCACUGAUUCUGUCUGCUGUCGUUGUUGCGGCCACUGCAACGCCGUUCCUCCAACUGGGUGAUGACGAUACCUUGGGUGACGUCGACGUCGAAAUCUCCGUCAGAGGAGGGCAAAAGACGUUAACGUACAGAACUCCAACCGGCAACGUUCUUGACGUCACCCACGUUUUAAAAAGCGACGGUGUCAUCGUCAAUAUUCCCGGAGAUCAGGAAGUGUGCAACGUCAGACCACUUCAGAAGACCAGCGAUGACGAAGACGAAGACGAAGAUAGAUCGACCUGCAAAGAACGAGAACCGAUGACCGAUGAAGAUGUGCCACCGAGGAUUGCCGAGAUUUGCCGAGGAAAGGCGGUGUUUGCCGAGAAAUACUCGCCUUGUAAGUCCAGAGCUCGUCGAGGCUUUAGCUGCAGGCCAACUUGCCGCAGCUGUAAUGGAGGCAUAUGCUGUGGAGUCGAAUGUACAUGGACUUUCUAAGGGAUCAUGUGCUCAAGUUUUGGAGAGUCUGACUUACUGUCCGGUUCAGCCUUGAUAAAAGAUCCAAUACCAAGCUAUUGUUCGCUGUCUUUUACAGCUUUGGAGUCCGUUCUGUGCUAAUACUGCUACAAACGUCUGUUAUAUUUUGUUAAGGUACUCAUAGUUCUACAUCAUCAUAAACAGUCUUGUAAGUUUCUGACAUCAUCACUUUAACUUUCAACUCCAUUAAUUUCAGGUUAGAAACGAAAUCCAAUAACUGUGUAGUGACUGGAAUGUGUGACAUUUAUUAAUUUGGAAUAUGUUUAUCCGUAUGCACGUUUAUUUGGCUACUAGUCCAUCUUUCUUAUUCAUCUAUCUCAUUAUGCAUUGCUUGAAUAAAACUUAGUUGAAAA